AUGAAUAUCUCGUCCACUAUCGCUGCCAUUUCCGGGUCAUUCAACCGAUCCGAUGGAUGUUGGUCGGUGGGGUCAUUCAACCGAUCCGAUGGAUGUUGGUCGGUGGGGUCAUUCAACCGAUCCGAUGGAUGUUGGUCGGUGGGGUCAUUCAACCGAUCCGAUGGAUGUUGGUCGGUGGGGUCAUUCAACCGAUCCGAUGGAUGUUGGUCGGUGGGGUCAUUCAACCGAUCCGAUGGAUGUUGGUCGGUGGGGUCAUUCAACCGAUCCGAUGGAUGUUGGUCGGUGGGGUCAUUCAACCGAUCCGAUGGAUGUUGGUCGGUGGGGUCAUUCAACCGAUCCGAUGGAUGUUGGUCGGUGGGGUCAUUCAACCGAUCCGAUGGAUGUUGGUCGGUGGGGUCAUUCAACCGAUCCGAUGGAUGUUGGUCGGUGGGGUCAUUCAACCGAUCCGAUGGAUGUUGGUCGGUGGGGUCAUUCAACCGAUCCGAUGGAUGUUGGUCGGUGGGGUCAUUCAACCGAUCCGAUGGAUGUUGGUCGGUGGGGUCAUUCAACCGAUCCGAUGGAUGUUGGUCGGUGGGGUCAUUCAACCGAUCCGAUGGAUGUUGGUCGGUGGGGUCAUUCAACCGAUCCGAUGGAUGUUGGUCGGUGGGGUCAUUCAACCGAUCCGAUGGAUGCGCCUCAAAGCAGUCAGGAAGGGGGUCACGUGUGUCAUCAGCGCGCACGGAGGGGUGCAAGUAA